GGGUUGAAGGAAUCUCUUUACGGCAAGCAGUGAAGGAAGGCGAGCCGUAGAGGGAUAGGGAGGUGCACGUGUGAAGCAAGGGAAAGCCUUGCAGCGAGAGAACUCAGCUCUUAUUUUUUCGCCGGUGGUAAGAGAUAUACUGUAUAGGGAAAAAUGCUUUAUCUGAUUGGACUUGGACUUGGAGAUGCCAAAGAUAUUACAGUAAAAGGCCUUGAAGUAAUAAAGCAAUGCAGCCGAGUAUAUCUGGAAGCCUACACUUCAAUCCUCACUGUCGGAAAGGAAGCCCUGGAAGAGUUCUAUGGGAAAGAUCUUAUUCUUGCUGACCGAGAAACUGUAGAACAAGAAGCAGAUACCAUUCUGAAGGAUGCCCAUUUGUGUGACGUGGCUUUCCUUGUAGUUGGAGAUCCCUUUGGGGCAACUACACAUAGUGAUCUUAUUCUCCGGGCAGUGAAGCUUGGGAUUCCCUACAGAGUCAUCCAUAAUGCCUCCAUCCUGAAUGCUGUUGGCUGCUGUGGUUUACAGCUAUACAAUUUUGGAGAAACAGUUUCUAUAGUUUUCUGGACAGAUACGUGGAAGCCUGAAAGCUUUUUCGAUAAAAUCGCAAAAAACAGAAGAAACGGGAUGCACACACUCUGCUUGCUUGACAUUAAAGUCAAAGAACAGUCAGUGGAAAAUCUCAUAAGGGGGAAGAAGGUUUAUGAACCACCCCGUUACAUGAGUGUGAAUCAGGCAGCAGAACAGCUUCUUGCUAUCAUCCGAAAUAGGCGGCUACAAGGGGAAGAACCAGAAGUUACAGAAAAUACAGUGUGUGUUGGCUUAGCAAGAGUGGGAGGAGCAGACCAAAAGAUUGCUUCAGGUACUUUAUGGGAAAUGACUUCCGUGGCGCUGGGCGAUCCUCUUCACUCUCUGAUCAUAACUGGAACUUUGCAUCCACUGGAAGUAGAUAUGCUUAAACUGUUUGCAGUAGAUAAAUCUGUUUUUGAACACAACUGAAUAAAAACCUGUCAUCACACCUGCAGUGAACUAAGAAUCUGCCACAAUCCUGGCAAGUUAAAGAAGCCCCUCUGGGGAAAAAAAAAGGAUGGAGAUUAAUGGAUUGUGCUUGCCCAAGUUGCCAGCAUACACUACCAGCAAGUUCUGUUGGAAUUGCCACACUGGACAGUGAGGAUUGUGUAUUACACUCUAGGGACUUGAUGGACAACAGCUGGGCUUUGGGGGGAAGGCAUUUUAUUAAUAAGGAAAUUGACUUGAAAUACUGCCUCAAACAGAUUUUCUGUUUAAGUAUUCCAUAGAAAUUCUAUUGAAACAGAACAGAGAUGCAUUUAAAUCUGCAAUAUUCCACCUAGGACAUCAGACUAGCUAUUAACUUCAAUAUUCAUAAAUCAAUGCACGUUUACAGUCAUCAGGUCACCUAUCUGCAUUUACCAAAGCAACAGAGUCGGGAACCUGAAUCAACACAGCACAUAUUUAGAAAGAGAAUCAAAAGCCAGUAGUAAAGUCUUUCUUUAUGUGCAGUUUAAGAAAUAGGGACUUGAUUAGCACUUUCCUAUGCAGUCUUACAGGCAAGGCAAUCCAAUCUAAAUUUAGGCAGUCAGACUGCCAAGCUCACCCUUUCCUCACAGGACAUCUCUAGAAUGAUAACGAAUGCAAGCACUGCUUUUCAUUAAUUGACACAGGGAAUAGAUUUAUUUUUUUUUUGUAAUUUUGGGCUCACUUUUGUCUGUCAAGGUGAUGGCUGCUACAAAUAGAUCAAGUGUUGCCUAUCUGAAAGGCAUUUCCAGUUUCUACCCAAGACUGUACAUCUCCACAGUAUAGUCAGUGAUAAGUGACAGUGGAUGUUACAAUGCAUCUGCAUAUACAGUGAUAUCUGGAGAGCUACACAUUUUCAUCCAGUUUUUACAAAAUGAAAAUUAGUUGUUAAGGAACCGAUGAUCAUGUUCUAGUUGGAAACAGCAGUUGGCAAGAGGUGGACAAAGACAACGGGAAUAUGAAAAAGUAUACAUGAAAAUGAUACUUUCUUUGGGCAGCAAAAAAGCAGCUAAAUAUAUUUAUAAAAUCUAGAAUACAUUUAACUAUAUUAAAAUACUAACGUGCAUUGGAAUUUGAAAAAUUCCCUGGAUAUUGGCAGCUAGCCAUGAUUAAGAGCAUUAUACAGCACUGUAAUUGAUCCUCAAAAUCUUAUUCAUUUCAUUUGCACUGCAUCCUUGUUCUAGGUAACCACCUAUUUGUAGCUCACCAGCAAAACUCAGUUCAGUUGUCUCAGAUGUGCUCUAUCAUCAUUCACUUAUAAAGUGUGGUUAGCAUUACUCUAUCGUUCCAAUCUUUUUAGCUUUUCUAGAAUUUACAUAAUUGCAUCACAGUGGCCAAACUCCUGUUGCUUAGAGUAGUAAAUAGCACUAGAGUAGGCCCAUUGAAACAGGAAGGAUUUGUUGAGUCAACUUUCCUUGAUUCAAAUGGGCCUACUCUAACUUCAGCUCAUUUUAGCAUAGUAACUCAUUUAACCACUACUAGAGUAGGCCCAUUUAAAUCAAGGGAACUUAUGGAGAGGUCGACUCACUAAAACUCCAAGGGUUCAAUGGGCCUACUGUAGUGCUGUUUACUGUGUUAAAAUAACAGAAUUUUGGCCAAUGUUUCAUUUGUUAAUUGACUUCCAAUGUCUAAGUGCAAUCACAGGCUUUCCAUUUUAAGUGGAAAGCAUUUUAAGCUAUACAUACUUUUAAGUGUUUCAAAUAUGAGGAGACUGAGGUUUGUUACCAUCUGUAUCAACAUCUACUUUGUGAACUGGUUUCUGCUGUGCAACACACUAUCAGUCAACAAUUAGGCCAAUUCUGUGACUAAGUGUAGUUUAGUCUCUCUAUAAUAAACUGCAUCCCCAAAAUUGAAGACCUCUCAGUAUGAUUAGAGAUGAAUAGGCACACUUGUUUAUGGAGUAGCGCCCUGCUAUGGUAGAAUCUAAGGCUGUGUAAAAGCAAUGCAUCAAUUUAAACUAUGACGCCCACGUCUGAUCAAAGCAAUUUUCAAAGUCAUAUUUUUUGAUGAAGUGUGAUUGAACAAGAUUUAGUAUCUUAUCACUUGACUGGAAAAAGUGAUUGUAAAAGACUGCGUAUUUGCAAAAAGGCUUAAACAAAUUAAACUUACUAAAAAGGUCAAACAGUUUCCAGUCUCAUGUUCAUCCACACCCAAUGUGUUUUAGAGCAUGCUGACAAAAGCCAGAGAAACCGUAAUUUCACAAGCAGAGCAUGACAUAUGAACAAUUCAAAUGAAGCAGCGGCUGUUUUUUUAAGCUUGCACAGGUAACGGCCUGUGCAAGGCCAGAUAUAAAGUUAGCAGCACUUCACAUUAACACAUAGAAGUGAACAUCAGAGAGGUAUGAAUUUACUCUACUGUGAACCAAUUCUCAAUGUAAUUUAUGAACAAUGACAAAUCUUUUUCCACUGCACUUCACUUGUUGACCACAUCUGGACUAAAGCAUACACCAGUGACGCACUGAAACCCAGUUUUAACAAAUGCAGGCAACACAUUUGUGCACAGCGCCUGGUACUCUGUCUCUUCACCAACAAGCCAGAGAAAGAAUUUUAUGGUGUCAUGACUGGGAAAGGGAACAAGCCAGAGUGAAACCUCAAUCUAGAAAAGCAUGCUAGAGAAGUCCUGUGGGACAGAAUGACAUAUACUUUAUGAAGGCAUUUUCUGUAAAUGCAAGUAAU